AUGCAUCACGAGACAAACUCGGGCACCUUGCCUAUCUCUUCGACUCCGACCGAACAAAACACACCCUGUCGGUACUUCUACCGUUCAGGGCGAUGUAGGAGGGGAGACAAGUGUCGAUUCUCACAUUCGAGUACUCGCAAACCAUCCCAGCCGUGCUUGGCUACAGAGACACCUUCUGUUGAGGUCCGACUCUCUGCACAAGCUGUCGCAUUCACACCUGGCACAUCAUCUCGAUCCAACUUGUCUGCAAGCGUACAGGCUUUUCAGCCAGUAGCACGCCCCGGAAACAAUGACAAUGGUGCUUUGCAGGGUGUUGCGUCGGAACGGCAGUCCCCUUCAGCGUCAUCCUCAAAGCCGAAGCCGAAGCCGAUAAUGAAAGGCGUCGCAGCCAGUGUUGGCAGCCCGAACACAGCGCGUUGCGACAUCUGCAUGGAAGUACCCACGGUUUACGCCCAGCAUAUCAACUGCAACCACCUCUUCUGUUGCCCCUGCCUCAAAACAUGGCGGAAACAACGCAGUCAAGCCAAGAGCAAAGACUGUCCCACAUGUCGAACACCCUCCGACUUCACAUUUGUCACUCCGCAACCUUUCACUGAUGGCGCCCGGACUCUUGCGCUCCAACGAUUUCGUCAACGCGCUGCAGAUACACCUUGCAAGAACUUCACCAAGAGUCUCGGAUUAAGUAACAAGAGGUUGACUAAACCAUUCUGCAUGUUUGGUGACGAUUGUUUGUACAAGCACGAGAUGGAUGGUAAGGAGUACAAGUUCGAACACGGGAAAUACAAAAUUCAGGAGAGCAAAAAGGGGACAAGACGGAUCGUAGGCUUGGGUGCAAGAGCAGCUUAG